GGCGGGAAAGGGGAGAGGGUUGUGCUGUUGUGCUUAGCGAGUUCAAAUCGACGCGAUUUUAGGGUAUAAAGUAUUGUGCGAUAUGUCUUUGUGAAAGUCACCGACAACAUUUGUCUGAUGUUAAAUGCGCUGCCGCUGACCAGUGUAAAAUGUACACAAAAUAGAAAAAAAUCAUCAGGAAUGGAUAAAGUUUUCCUGAUAAUAGCAGUUUAACCUGUAUAAAUCUAUUGCAAUUUUCUUUUUCUACACUUGAAUUAGAUCUCGCUGCUCUUGGCUGCCAUUGAAAUUUGAUUGAACAGUUUAUUCAAGAUGCCCGUUUGCACAGUUUGUACCGGAACUGAUUUUAUUUGCGAGUCUGGUUAUUACUUUUGUAACGAAUGUCAAACACAGUCACAGGAUGUCCGAGAGGAAGUUAACGAAAAUGACGAUGGUGCAGAUGAAGGGAAAGUUAUAGGUGGUAAGAGAAGAAAAUCUGCCAAAUUUUUUGAGAGCACACCAUCUGAAGACGAAGAUGCAAGUAUCACGACAUGGGAAGGUUUUAACUAUGCCUUAGUCGGGUUAGUUGAUGAGCUGAUACUCUUAGGAGCCAAACCUUCUCUUAAACUGGCAGUUUUAAAGUUAUGGACUUCCUACUUAGGGAAAAUGGAAGUUGCUUUUUUUACAAAAAACAAUCUUACUGUUCCCAAACUUGGACCAAAUUUCAACAAAUCCGAUGCUAAUAUAAUUUAUGGGUAUGUGAGAGAAAAGAGAAAGUCAACAAAAACAAAAGAGAAAUCUAUAGAUGAGCAGCAGAAUGAAAAGGACUGUAACAACUCUCUUGAUGAAACUGGUGUAGAUGAUCCAUUAAAUGAAUCUUUGAAAAGGAAGAAAACACUCAAGCAAAAGAACUCUGCUUUCCAUCAAAAUUAUGAGAGAAUGCUAGCUGAAAUGUCCACCGCAAGUCAAACAUUGACUGACGUAACCCUGGAUAUGUUAUCAGUCAGUGAAGUGGAUGAUAAAGGACCUAAAGAAUUACAGUUUAAUUCUGAUGCCAAGAAAAAGGAAAAAGUUCUUGGAUCUCUUCAAUCCCACCCAGGAAUAUUGGUUCGCAACAAACUUAUCUGUCUGUUGUACUUGGGUAUUCUAGAAACUCAUGAUGAAGAGAUCAAUCUCAGUGAUCUCUUGAGGUGGAUUUCUGAAGGCCAUUUGUCUUAUUGCAAUCUUUCCAAAUUUUUCCCCCUUGGAACAAAAUUGCACACAUUAAAUAAAGCUCUUUUAACUAGAUAUCAACCUACUCCUACUUAUGGCUGUAUUCUAGUUGCAACUCAGCAUAUAGCUGCUUACCUUGGUAUAAAAACCAUUAAGGUUCCUUCAUUCAGAAAGUUAAUUAAAAGAUUUGUACAAGAAUUAAAUCUUCCUGAGCAAGUUGCUUUAAUUGCGGAACGUCUUUUUGACAUGCUUCCUAAGCCAGUUGAGUAUGUCCCUGUGUCUCUCAGAAAAUCCUUGCCUAAUUGGGAAGGAAGAGCUAUGGCUCACAUAAUAGUAGCAGUAAAACUUCUGUUUGGAUUAGAUGAUGCAACUGAACAUCGAAACUCACGGAUUGCUAGAAGAUUUAAUGAGUUGAUUGCUUCUCAAAAUAGCUCUGUGCGUUUGUUUGUGUGGGAUGAUUGGGAGCAAUUUUGUGUUCUAAGGCGCACUGCCCUUUCUCUUCUCCACGAGCCAUCAUUUGUAAAAGCCAACCUGUCAACUUCAAUGGUGCAAAAUGUCAACCCUAUCAUCUCUGCGUGGAAGAAGUCUCUCCGUGUCACCAAUGAUGAUGCCAAGCGCUCUGCCGUAAUUCAAGACACUUACAGACAUAUUUCCAAAAAGCUCCUGGAGAACCCUUUAAGUAAUCCUGGAAAUGAAAAGAAUGUAAUGCUAUCUUUUCCAGCCAGUCUUAUACCUUACACCUCAUACACAAAGCAUAUCAUUAAGAAAUUCCAAGAAGGAGGUAUUGAAUGUGAUGAUAGCGACUGGAGCAAUAUCAUUGCUGGAUUAAACAUUGAGAUGUUGAGUGAAGACUUCAAACUUACAACAGUUUCCUAUCUUACUCAUCCAGAAAAAUACAUUGAGUGGGCUCAGCAGUAUGGAUUACGAAUAGGACUGCACAGUGGAUCAGCUGUGUCAACUAUCAAACUUCCAGAGAAACAACAGCAGCAAGCCCUUACCCGCAAUGCUUAUAAUAAUUUUUUCAGAGUCAAACUUCAUUUAGACCAGGUGGAUAGACUCCCAGUCAUUGUAAAGCCAAAGCAAAUGAACACCACUCCACUGCGCCUCUUCUCUCUACACAAACCUCUUAUUUUUCCAAAAGUUGUCAAUAAGGCCAUAAAAGAUCCAUUCCCUUGUGUGACCGAGAUGGAUGUGAACCCAAAUGUUUCAGUAACAACUCCAGGGAAAAGGGGACGUCCGAAAAUACAGAGGAAAUCAUAUGAAAAUCUUCCAAAGGAAGAUGAAGAUAACAUGCUGCAUGUACCGCAUACUGAGUAUUGGAUGCUGCAAUUAACAGGAAGAGCCUCUGCAGACUAUGUUCAUACUUUACCAGGGUCUUUCCAGCGUCUGUUGGAAGAAUGUUGUUCACUCAUUGAAAUGGAACCAGCCCAUUUAUGUAAAGAAGUUACAUAUCUUGAAAAACUUCACCGGGAUUUGGCCGAACACACAAAACCAGAUAAAGGUACAGUGGUAAACUGUCCUUUUGGAACAGAUCGUCUCUAUAUGGAACGUGUUAAAGAAGACUAUUGGCUAUAAUGGCAAUGGUUUCAACAAAAUAUCAACUACAGAAUGAAAAGAGUGCAAAAAAAUUGAUGUUCAUUUUGUCUAUUAAAAUUAUAUAUUCAUAAA